AUGAGCGGUGGUUUGGUGCAGCGUCGCCGCAAGCCGGCCAAGGAAGAAAAGCCGGAAGAGGAGGAGGAAAAGGUGCAGGAAGAUGAAUAUGACGACGACGAAGACCGCUCCGCCCCCAAAUUAACCCUCAUGGAAGAGAUUCUGCUUCUGGGCCUCAAGGACAGAGAGGUACGUCGCUUUUUGUAAAAGUUUUUUCGGUUUUUAGGUAACAAAUUGAAGAAAAAGUAGAAAUCCAUGCGAAUUUGCAUGGGAAAUUCUCUGUUUGAGAGCAUAUACGAGAGGAAAGAGAGGUUGUGAUGUGAAAGUACCAAUUUGGCGAUUGUUUUUAUAUUGUUUUAGGGGUACACCUCCUUCUGGAACGACUGCAUCUCCCCCGGCCUCAGGGGAUGCGUUCUGAUCGAAUUGGCCCUCCGAAAACGAAUAGAAUUGGAGAAUGUUGGGCUGAGGAAGAAGAGCCUCGUCUCCAGAAAUGUAGGUCGUAUUGAUUUGGGUUGUCGGAUAUUGUUUUAGAUCCAUUUUUGAGAUUUUUUUUGUUUUGUUUGGAAAAUUUGAGGGUUUUUAGAGAUGAUAGGUGGUUUAGAGAGGUUUGGGAGAUAUUUUGGCGUGUUUGAUAUUGAUUUUUUUGGAAUUUUAUCUUAUUUUAGGUAGCAAAGAGGAAAGCGAAAAAUUUUUUGAUUUAUUUCGAGGGAAAUUAGUGUUUCUUAGGGUGAAUGAAGAAGUAAGGAGUAGUCUACAACAUUUUUUAUUUUGGUUGAGUUUGCUUUUUGAGAGAUUUGACCUUAUUUUAGGUGAUUUAUACCUAAAAUUUGUAUUUUUGCUAAAUUUUGGCGAUUUUUGGCUGUUUUUUUUGUUGCAAUGGGUCAUACCGGUAUCAUAAUGUCUCAUUAAUAAUUCUAGAGAGAGCUGGAGUAAUUUUUCAAAAAAAAAAAAAAAAAUUUUUUUAAUUUACAUUUUUCAACCUUAUUUUAGGUGGUGAUCACGAACGACGACCCCACCGGCGACGUGAUCCUGGACGAAACUCUGAAACACAUCAAAGAGACCCAGCCCCCGCAGACGGUGGUCACCUGGAUCGAGCACCUCUCCGGCGAGACCUGGAACCCGCUGAAAUUGAGGUAUCAGCUGAGGAAUGUGCGCGAAAGACUGGCCAAAAACCUGGUCGAGAAAGGCGUCCUCACCACGGAAAAGCAGAACUUUUUCGUCUUCGACAUGACCACCCACCCACUUCAUGACAAUGCAACCAAAUCGAAGCUGAUCAGAGUGAGUUUUGGAGAAGAUUUGGGAAAAUUUUGGGGAAAAAGUGAAAUUUUUUCAUUGAAAAAUGGACUUUUGGAAGGCAAAUUGCCUCAGGGGAUUUUUGAAAAUUUUUGGAAAUGUGAAAAAAUUGGGUUUUUUUAGAUUUUUUUGAGAUUUUUGUCUUAAAUAAGGUUGAAAAUUGAUGGGAUUUUUGGAAUUGAUAGGUUUCAGCGACGUAUUUUACAUUUUUUUUCAUUUUUUUUAUCUUCCAGCGCGUUCAAGAGUCGGUCCUGCAGCGCUGGACCAACGAUGUGCAUCGCAUGAACAAACGCAUCCUGUCACUUAUCAUCCUCUCACACGCGUCGGACGUCCUGGAAAACGCAUUCGGACCCCUCUCCGAUCAGGUACGCCCAAUUCCCAACCCAAAACGAGCACUUUGAACCCAUGUACCGGAAUGGUGUAGUGGCUAAAGUUUGGGCUGGUAGUCGAAAGGUCGCGGGUUCGAGUCCCACCGGGAAUUAAAGACGGAUUUUGAGCGGGGAAAAGGCAGAAAAGAAGUUACAGUAGGCAGAAAAAGUUACAGUAGGCUCUUCGUUAAUCCCCGAACAGGACGGAUACUGUAUCGGAUUCAUAGGGGAGCAAAAGCAACAGCGUCGGUAAUUUCCUCUCGAGCCCCAGAACAAUUGGAGACUGAGAAUAAGAACUGAACACAAUUUUGGGAAUUCGCACAGUGCGAAGUAGACAUGGCUAGUGGGCCGGGCCGAACGAGUUUUAAAGGCCCCGGGGCCGGGCCGACCUCUUCCGGCCCCCGGGCCGGGCCGACCGGGGCCCCCGCCAGGCCCCCAAUCGGCCCCCAAUGACUAAAAUUCUCAGUAUCAAAGCGAAAAUUAGGGUUGCCAAUAAAAAUAAAACGCAGAGCCAAGAACCGAUUGGGUUUUUUGAAGUACUUUAGGCAAUGGUUGGUAAUUUUUUGUUUCAAAAAUUUAUUGUCGCUUGUUAUAACAAAAAAAAUGGGGGCUAAGGUAGUACAACUCGAUAGCCCAGUUCAGCCCCCUUGGACCCAGUAUAAACCCCCCUCAUCCAAUCUGAAGCGCCUACUCGGGAUUGGGUUCUCUCGGCUACGAUCAUCGUUGCCUGAACCACAAAUACGAAUUUGGACGGUAACUGGGGUUUUGAACUAAAACGCCUGGGGUCAUUUUACUCUAAUUUGCAUUUUUUGUAUAAUUCUAAUUUUUUAAUUACGGUGGGUGUGAAAUGGGCAAAACAGUGGGGGUUUGAACUACCUUUCGCGGGGAGCUGAACCCAAAGCCCCAAAAAAUGUGUUAUAUCUCGCAAUGAAUGCAGUAUUUAUAUUUACAGUUCGGCCCCCUGUCGGCCCCCGGCCCGGCCCGGCCCCCAGGGGGCCGGGCCGGGCCGGGCCGAGAAAAUUUGAUGGGGGCCGGGGCCGGGCCGACCUCUUCCGGCCCCCGGGCCGGGCCGCGAUUUUCGGCCCGGCCCGGCCCCCCAGCCAUGUCUAGUGCGAAGUUUGAGAAUGAAGUUUCGCACAGUGCAAUAAAAAAUUCGAUGGUUUUUGGAGUUGCACAGUGCAAAAUUUUUGGAUUUUUGCACAUUUGCGACUGCACUGUGCAAAUUUUACUUCUCCAAAAUGCACAGUGCGGAGAAAAAAAAAUUUUUUUUUGCACUGUGCAAUCGCAAACGUGAUUUUUUGGCUUGCACAGUGCUGUUUUUUGUUUCGGAUUUUUGCACAGUGCAGUAGGAAAGUUUGUUUUCCGCACGGUGCAAUCAAAAUUUUAGUGGUUUUUCGGAGUUGCAUUGUGCGAAAUUUUUUGAAAUUUGCACUGUGCGAAAUUAUUGGAUUUUUUGAAAAUAAUAAUACCGCCUGAGGGAACUAGGUCUAAAUAAUUUUUUACUGAGAAUUUUUGGUAAAUUCAAGAAGUUUUUAUUUUGAAAAAAUAAAAUUUUUAUUUUUUUUUUCUCUAAUUCUUUUCCCAUUUUCAGAACUACGAAGAAGCCAUGCGACGAGUCCGAAAACUCCUCGAACUAGACUUCGAAGCCGAAGCCGAAAAACAGCCAAAUCCUCAUUACAAUGUGGUCUGGGCCGUCUUCGAAGCCUUCAAUAAAUAA